AGUAAACGUUAUAAAUACUCAUUAAAGCAAUCUCACAGGUGCUAUAUUAAUCGAAAUUUACUUUUCGUGUGACGUUUACUAUAUCGUGGGUCGACCAGUUCUUUGCCUGUUUAUACAGUGAGAAUGCAUGAAGAUGAUUUUGGCUAUAGCUAAGCUUUUUUUUUUUUCUCGGCAAAAUUGACGUUCCUCGGGUCUUGUCUUAUUUUCAGCCUCGUUCAUAAUUACGGGUAGUUACUAACUUAUGGUUGUAACAUACUUCUCAAUUCUGAUGUAUUUCGGACCUUUAAUUUUGAACACUAUUUUUUUUCUUGUCCCCGUCUGAUCCGGUUCGAUUCCCACACACGACAGAAAUUUGCCGAUUCGGCAAAUAAAACUCCUUGUAUGAUAAUGUAUGGCGGGCAGACAAGAUAAGACAGAUAGGCGAAACAAAAGCUGCUGACGACUAUAGCAAUAAAACCGGUUUUCUGUUCAGUGUCUAACAGGAAAAUGAAAUCACCCUGUAAUUUACAACUAUAAAAGGGCAAUAAAAAGUCGAUUUGCUGACGUCAAUAUUGUCGGUGUCCUAGUGACUUAUUCGGCAGGGCGCCCUUCACGGCCGACCGCGCUGCCAACGGAUGCUCUUACGGCAAGCGGGGAAUUUUUGCGGAUAUAAGAAUGGUUUAAGAUAGUUAGUCAAUGACACAAGCUUCUCGUAAAGACGAAUCUGAAUUCUUCGGAAGUCCUUUCUAUUUUCGAAUAGCUUUCUUUACACUUUGUUAAGGGAGUAUGCAUAAGUUUCUCCCUUUUCACUUCCCCAGAGUCGUCCGCGAGUCUCUUCCGCAAUUCCGUUGACCCGAAUUCUCUCAUGAUCAGCUGUUGAAGACCCCCUGCAGACCACAAGCUCCUUAUCAGACGACUCUGAGUCCAGCUAUUUUAAGUAGUCAAGGAAAUUUUUCCUGUUUGUUCCCGAUUCUAAUUAAAUCUUGGAAUGAAACCUUUUGUCUAGCCAGCGAGGGAUCCGGUGUUUUCGAAGAGCCGAAAUAACCGGUUCCUUUUGUCCGUGAAACACUGAGAGAGGGAGACUGGGUAAGAAUGAAGGUUUAUAACAGUAACAACACUACCAUUGCACAGCGGUUGUAAACAUAAGAUGGCGGCCGUUCAGUUUCUUCUGCGGCGAGCAAGACAUUUUGAUACAAUACCACACAAGUCUUCUGUUUUUGGCAACAAGAUUGCUUGUAAUAUUAGAUGUAUAUCUCAAGGAAAGAUUUAUGAUUGUAAACUGGAGCAGAAGAUGCUUGGGAAGUCAAGAAGUGGUUUACAUCAUUUGGUUUGUCGUGGUCCAUACCGGAUCUUAACAUUUAUCAGACCUAUGAGUAGCCAAUCACAAGGCAACUUCUUGGCAGACCUGAAGUCCAGUCCUCCACCAGCUCUUCAUCUGGGUUUCUCUGGAGCAAUCCCAUUUUGUGGUUUGGCUGUCAUGGCUUUUAUCUCUCCUGAAAACUUGCCCCUCAUUGUUCAUGCACAACAGGCAUAUGGGGCAUGCAUUCUCUCCUUUCUUGGAGCAAUACACUGGGGUUUUGCUUUGGCUAAGAUGAGUGAACUUAAGCCAGACUGGAGAACACUCGGCUACAGUGUCACACCCUCGCUCAUUGCAUGGCUUGCUUUACUUGCAAAGCCAGUGCCAGGACUAACAACUUUAUGCAUUGGGCUUGCCAUAGCGUUAUCAAGAGAUCUGAGCACACCUUACUUUCCAGCUUGGUAUUAUGCCUUAAGAAAAGCACUUUCUACAUUAGCUGUGAGUUCUAUCGGUUUAACUGCAGCUGUCUUGUAUUUUCAUUAGUCAGCUGG